AUGCAGGAGCAAGACGGAUCAUCUCCACCCGCAUAUGAGGACAGUACAGACAAAAUAGCGGUGGUAGCCAAUAUUUACCCUAAAGUGCUGUCCAUGGUCGAGGGACGAAGUGUUGGCGUUGGUGUUGGUGUUGGUAUUGGUGUUAGCGUUGGUGUUGGUAUUGGCGUUGGUAUUGGUGUUGGUGUUGGUGUUGGUGUUGGCUUUGGUGUUAGUGUUGAUUGCCUCUGCAAGAUGUAA